CAUGACAGCAUCCUCUCCCGACAACACCUUUGACGGUCCAACCAAUCCCGGCAUUCACGUGGCAGCAUCACACUCGUUCAAAUCAUAAACAUCAAUGAUAUAUAUUUUAUACCACACACGAUCCAAUAUCUAUCCCUUUGUAGUUUCAACACAUUUCACAUCCUCCUCUCUCUCUCUUGAAAGGUUUUAGUUACAAAAAGAACACAUCAAAAGAAUUAAAACACCCUAGAAACAGGACAACUUUUUUUUUUCUCUUACUCGUUUUCUGAUUACCUAAUUGUUUCUAACCAUUUAUCAAGCAAAAUGAUUAAUUUUGAGGCAACGGAGCUGAGGUUAGGGCUGCCGGGUGAGAAUCACGGAGGAGGAAUGCCUGCGAAAAACAAUGGGAAAAGAGGAUUCUCUGAGACCGUUGAUCUCAAGUUAAAUCUUUCAUCAAUGGCGAUGGAUUCAGUUUCUGAAGUUGAUUUAGAGAAUAUGAAGGAGAAGGUCUUAAAACCAUCGGCCAAGGCACAAGUUGUGGGAUGGCCACCGGUACGAUCUUUCCGGAAGAACGUCAUGUCAUGCCAAAAGCCAACCACCGGAGAUGACGUGGAAGCAACGGAUAAGACUUCCAGCAGCAGCGGAGUCACCUCCGCCUGUGCUACCGCAGCUUACGUGAAGGUUAGCAUGGACGGUGCACCGUACCUAAGAAAAAUUGAUUUGAAACUCUACAAAACUUACCAAGAUCUCUCCGACGCAUUAAGCAAAAUGUUCAGCUCUUUUACCAUAGGCAACUAUGGACCACAAGGAAUGAUUGAGAGUAAAUUAAUCGAUCUUUUAAACGGAUCAGAUUACGUUCCAACUUAUGAAGAUAAAGAUGGAGACUGGAUGCUUGUAGGGGACGUACCCUGGGGGAUGUUUGUUGAUUCAUGCAAACGCAUAAGAAUUACGAAGGGGUCAGAAGCGAAAGGACUUGCUCCAAGGGCUUUAGAAAAGUGCAAGAACAGAAGGUGA